AUGGAGUGCAAAAUGCUGGUCAACCUCGCCCACCAGAUGCUGCGCCGGAAGGUGGUGGACUGCAGCCGGGACGAGAGCCGGCUGUCCCGCUGCCUCAACACCUUUGACCUGGUGGCCCUCGGAGUGGGCAGCACGCUGGGUGCUGGUGUGUAUGUCCUGGCUGGGGCUGUGGCCCGUCAGGAUGCCGGCCCUGCCAUCGUCAUCUCCUUCCUCAUCGCUGCCCUGGCAUCGGUACUGGCUGGCCUGUGCUACGGCGAGUUCGGGGCCCGUGUCCCCAAGACGGGGUCAGCCUACCUCUACAGCUACGUCACUGUGGGUGAGCUCUGGGCCUUCAUCACCGGCUGGAAUUUAAUCCUGUCCUACAUCAUUGGUACGUCGAGUGUGGCCCGGGCCUGGAGUGCAACGUUUGACGAGCUGUUAGGCAGACCCAUUGGGGAUUUCUCUCGGAAACACAUGGCCCUGAACGCUCCUGGGGUGCUGGCCGAAAACCCCGACAUAUUUGCUGUGGUUAUCAUUCUCAUCCUAACAGGACUUUUAACUUUUGGGGUAAAAGAGUCAGCCAUGGUCAACAAAAUCUUCACCUGCAUCAAUGUUCUGGUCUUGGGCUUCAUCAUGGUGUCAGGAUUUGUAAAAGGCUCCAUUAAAAACUGGCAGCUGACCGAGGAGGACUUUGAUAACGCAUCCGGUCACCUCUGUCUGAACAAUGCAACUAAAGAUGACAAGCCGAGUGGCUGGGGAUUCAUGCCCUAUGGAUUCUCUGGUGUGCUCUCAGGGGCAGCAACCUGCUUCUAUGCCUUUGUGGGCUUUGACUGUAUUGCUACCACAGGUGAAGAAGUGAAGAACCCACAAAAGGCCAUUCCUGUGGGCAUUGUGGCGUCCCUCCUCAUUUGCUUCAUUGCCUACUUCGGGGUGUCGGCUGCCCUCACACUCAUGAUGCCCUACUUCUGCCUGGACAAGAACAGCCCCCUGCCCGACGCCUUCAAGCACGUGGGCUGGGAAGGCGCCAAAUACGCUGUGGCUGUCGGUUCCCUCUGUGCUCUGUCCACCAGUCUUUUAGGGUCCAUGUUUCCUAUGCCUCGAGUUAUUUAUGCCAUGGCAGAAGAUGGACUGCUAUUUAAAUUUUUGGCCAAAAUCAACGAUAGGACCAAAACACCAGUAGUCGCUACGUUAACAUCAGGCGCCAUUGCUGCUGUGAUGGCCUUUCUCUUUGACCUGAAGGACUUGGUGGAUCUCAUGUCCAUUGGGACUCUCCUGGCUUACUCUUUAGUGGCCGCCUGCGUGUUGGUCUUACGGUAUCAGCCAGAGCAACCCAAUGUAGUAUACCAGAUGGCCAGCACCAACGAUGACCAAGUAGAUCAGAAUGAAUUGGUGAGCACCAGUGAUUCCCAAACAGGCUUCUUACCAGGAGGGAAGUUUUCUCUGAAAACCAUACUGUCACCAAAAAACCUGGAGCCCUCCAGAAACUCUGGACUAAUUGUGAAUGUCUCUACCAGCCUCAUAGCAAUCCUCAUCCUCAUCUUCUGCAUGGUGUCAGUGCUGUGUAGAGACACCCUGGCGGCAGCCGAGCUCUGGGCCAUCUUUGUGCUGGCAGGCUGCGCCGUCCUCUGCUCUAUGGUCACUUUCGUCAUCUGGAGGCAGCCUGAGAGCAAGACCAAGCUCUCAUUUAAGGUACCCUUCCUGCCAGUCCUCCCCGUCCUGAGCAUCUUCGUCAACGUGUAUCUCAUGAUGCAGCUGGACCAGGGCACGUGGGUGCGCUUCGCAGUGUGGAUGCUCAUAGGCUUUACCAUCUACUUCGGCUACGGCAUCUGGCACAGUGAGGAGGCAUCACUGACUAAGGGCCAGGCCAGGACGCCGGAUGGCAACCUGGACCACUGCAAAUGA